GAAAAAGAAAAGAAAAAACAAAGCCUUCCCACUCUAUACAUUUUCGGCAAACGUUCUAUGGUAAAACAAUCCUUCGACCAAAAAAAUCUCUGAUGUCGAAGGUAAGUUCCUCAAAUUUAGUCCACGAUCCGCCACCGCAACAUCAAGUGUUCAUAAAUUUUCGGGGAACGGAGCUCCGAAACAACUUCAUAAGUCAUCUGGAGAAGGCCUUGUUAAAUAAAAAAGUCAACGUGUUCAUAGACAUUCGCGAGAGGAUUGGGAAAGAUAAGGAUAUCUUUUUCCAGAGGAUAAGGGAGUCGAGGAUCACGAUUGCGGUCAUUUCAAGCAAAUACACGGAGUCAAAAUGGUGCUUGAACGAGCUUGCAGAGAUCCAGAAGUGUGUGUUGGCGGAGACCAUGGAAGUGUUUCCAGUGUUCUACAAGGUAGAUGUUGGGACGGUAGAGAAACAGACUGGAGAGUUUGGUGAAAAUUUCAAGAAAUUACUAGAACAACAUCAUAGCGAAAGGGAAAAAUGGGAAAGAGCACUUAAGUUUGUGACCAGUAAGCUAGGCGUGAGAGUGGAUGAAAAGAGUUUUGAGUGCGAUAUCGUCGAUCAUGUCGUGAAAGACGUAAUGAAAGCAAUAAACGAAAUACCGACGGAUCAAGGAACAAAGAGUCCAAGAGGAGAUAUUAUUGUAUUGCCCGAGGGAAAUAUACGAGGAGAGCCUGAGAGUUCUUCUUCUUGGUCUUCAAAAGCGUCUCCUUUCUUUGGGAUCGAAACACGCCUAGAGCAAUUGAAAGAGAAGUUAGAUUUUGAAUCAAAUGAGGUUACUCGUGUUGUUGGAGUUGUUGGGAUGCCUGGUAUAGGUAAAACAACUCUUGCCAAGAAAGUUUUGGAGGAUUGGGGGUAUGAGUUCUCGCAUACAAUGUUUCUAGAUGAUGUUCGUGAGAAGUCAAAGUAUCCUGAGAUCCAUAACUUGCAGAUGGAGCUCCUGUGUGGUUUAACGAAUAUAAAAUACGAAAGAAAGGAACAAACAGAAACUGACCUCCUACUUAAAUUUUUGAAAGUUGAGGUAAGCAAAAACAAAGUGUUGUUUGUUCUUGACGAUGUGAGUGAGAAGAGUCAGAUAGAAAAUAUUCUUGGUGAAAGCGAAUGGUUAAAAGAAGGAAGCAAAGUUCUCAUCACCACAAACAGCAAGUCCGUGGUCAAGGGAAUGGUAAACGAGACUUAUCUAGUCCCUGGCCUCAGCGACAACGAUGCCCUAAAUUAUUUUGAAAGACAUGCAUUCUCUGUUUCUUGCGAGCCAAGUUUCAUGAAGUUGGCAAGAGAGUUUGUGGAGUACUCUAGGGGUAAUCCAUUAGCCCUCAAAGUACUUGGCGGUGAACUUCUUGGGAAGCAAAAGUCGUACUGGGAAUCGAAGCUUGGGACGCUUGCGAAAAGCCCGAUCAGCAACACGAUUCAAAAUGUCUUGAGAAUUCCGUAUGAUGAUCUUAGCCUCCACCACAAGAAUUUGUUCCUCGAUGUGGCAUGUUUCUUCAGGUUUGAAGAUGAGUAUCACGUGAGGAGUUUUCUGGAUUCUUCGGUUCAUGAGAAUGUGAGCGAAAUAAAAGAUCUCGCGGAUAAGUUCUUGAUUAACAUUUGUGGUGGUCGACUUGAGAUAAAUGACUUGAUGUACACAUUCGCAAUGGGGCUAGAAUCACAAUCAUCCUCUGAAGACUGUACGAGUGGGCGUAGGCUGUCCAACCAUGGGGAGAUCAUCACUGUUCUCCGAAACAAAGUGGAAGCGACCAAGGUUAGAGGAAUUUUCCUUGACAUGUCUGAAGUACCUAAGGAAAUGAAAUUAAGCAGUGACACAUUCAAAGAAAUGAAUGAUCUCAGAUACUUGAAAUUCUUCGACUCAAGUUGUCCUAAAGAAUGUGAAGCUGACUGCAACCUGAACUUCCCCAAUGGACUUAGGUUUACACUGGAAAAAAUCAGAUAUCUCCAUUGGCUGAAAUUUCCGCUGAAGAUCUUUCCACGAAGUUUUAACCCGAAAAAUCUUAUAGACCUCAAGCUGCCGUACAGCCAGCUAGAGCAAGUUUGGAAGGGAGAGAAGGAUACGUCGAAACUAAAGUGGCUGGACUUGAAUCAUUCAAGUAAGCUGCGAACAUUGUCGGGUUUAUCGUUGGCUCGAAAUCUUCAAAGUAUGAACCUUGAAGGUUGCACGAAAUUGGAGGCGGUUCACCACGAGCUAAAAAAUAUGGGAAGUCUAUUAUUUCUUAACCUGAGAGGAUGCACGAGCCUAGAGUCUCUUCCAAAAAUAAAGUUGAACUCUCUAAAAACACUCAUCCUCAGCGGCUGCUCAAAUGUUGACGAAUUCAAUUUGAUUUCAGAGAAACUUGAAGAGUUAUACUUGGAUGGCACUGCGAUAAAGGGACUUCCUUCAGAUAUUGGGAACCUCCAAAGACUAGUCUUGCUGAAAUUGAAAGACUGCAAAAAGCUGUUGAGUCUCCCUGAUACUAUCAGAAAUCUAAAAGCUCUUGAAAAACUAAUACUCUCUGGUUGUUCAAGCCUUGUGAGUUUUCCAGAAGUUAAGCAGAACUUGAAGCAUUUGAAGACUUUACUACUUGACGGGACCGCAAUAAAAGAUGUGCAUGAUGUUGUGCAUCGUCUAAGUAUUAAUCAAGGGCAAUUUUCUUCAUUUACACACUACGAUUUGUGUGAAUGGCGGCAUGGUAUCAACGGAUUAUCAUCAGUGCAACGUUUAUGUCUGAGCAGAAACGAUUUCACAAGCUUGCCAGAAAGCAUCAUGUAUCUCUACAAUCUCAAAUGGCUUGACUUGAAGUAUUGCAAGCAGCUCACAUCUCUUCCAAUGCUUCCACCAAAUCUUCAUUGGUUAGACGCAGACGGCUGCAUUUCACUGAAAAAUAUCGAGAACUCAUUGUCUCUACUAUUGGCGGCAACAGAGCAGUUACACUCCACAUUUAUAUUCAGUAAUUGCAAAAAACUUGAUCAAGUUGCGAAGAAUGAUAUCGUGUCUUAUGUUCGGAGGAAGAUUCAGUUAAUGUCAGAUGCACUAGUCCACAAAAAUAAGGGUUCAAUACUCGAUGUGUUGAUUAAAAUCUGUUAUCCUGGUUGGCAAUUACCUGUAUGGUUCGAUCACCGGUCGGUUGGGUCAGAGUUGAAGCAAAAUCUACCUCGACAUUGGAAUGAAGACGGGCUUACCGGUAUAGCUCUCUGCGUUGUUGUCUCAUUUAAGGACUACAAAGAUCAUAAUACCCGCCUCUUAGUUAGAUGCACCAGUGAGUUCAAAAAAGAAGACGCGCCUUUGAUUCAGUUUAGUUGCAUUCUUGGCGGCUGGACAAAACAAAUUAGCGAUAACCCCGGAGACAUCGUGGAGCCUUCUGGUCACGUCUUUAUCGGUUACACCAAUUUGUUACACGUCAUGAAACGGGACAGAGGAGCGAAAUGUGUUGGUACGGAGGUUUCCUUUAAAUUCGAAGUAACCGACGGGGCAAAACAGGUUACAAAUUGUGAGGUUCUCAAGUGUGGCUUUACUCUUAUCUACGCACCUACUACUAAACCUGUUCAUAGCUUGUGUACUCAAGUAUACUCUGACCAUGGUGAGCAAAUGUCUGGUUCAACGACCGCUAUCAAAGGCACGGUUGAAGAAAGAUAUAACAAGCACGGAACUGGAGCACCCUCUGUUUCAUUUGUGGCUCCGACGAUGGAGAGCGAGAUCACAAAGAAAGUACAGCAUUUCGAAGCUACAAGUAACGUAGAAGACAUCAAGAAUGAAGCUAAUUCUGCUGGAGGUCCAUCAAGAAACAACGUUGAUGCUAAUUCAGAGAGUAGUGAUCACAAUAGUAAUGGUGGAUCCAUGUCACCAGGGAGCUCAGGAGAAGGUGAAGUUUUUAAUAAUGAAUCUCCAAAGAAAGAGGAGACCAAUUCAACAAGUUCAGCAUUACCUUUAGAAAAUAAUACUAAUGAAAAUGGCACAAACAACGUACGUGAGAGGUUGGAGAAACCUAUACGGCUUAUUUGUCUAGUGAUCUCCAUUUAUCUUGGUGCUGCUUUUGUGCUGAGAAAGGAUAACAAAAAGAGAUCAAAUCAAUAAAAUAUGUCUGAUUCCAAUGGUA